AUGGCUCUCCAACCCUCCCUCCUUCACGUCUCUGUCGUCGCCGUCCUAGUAUUCUUCUCCUUCCUCCUCAGCCAUGGCGAAACAGCAGCAGUACAGGGUGUCUGCCACACACACGACCCGCCUAACCCACUGGCCACGUCAUUCCCAAACAACUCGACCGGAGUUCUGAACGCGACGCUCGCCAUCAUUCCCAUUCCGCUCGAGACAGCUCGCCGCUUAAUCCCAUCUCAGUACAGGAUCCUCGAGCACGCCUAUCGCGCUCUGAUCCCCGACUUUCCCAAGGGGAUGUACCCAGUGCUGCUGCAGGCCGCACAUGACCAUGAUGUUCAAUUCCGGGCGUACAACAUCACCAUAGACGACUUCUCGCGUGCUGGGUUUGAGUUUGGAUUCCUGGACCUCUUGGGUGACGGCUACUCCUCCUUCCGAUGGGCGCCAGCCCAACUCAUCACCUCCACGAACGACAUAGCCGUGGAGGGAUCCCGGGCGUAUGGGACGGUUGUAUCACCGGCCGAGUACGAGCCGGCGUGUGACGCCUAUCAACAGUUGCCAAACGGCAACGCCUACUUCAAAGCAACCAGCCUUGACUCUCGCGAUUUUAUCGAGCUCGAAUUCGCCCGCACGCCACAUUCAUCUCGUCAUCGUUACCCCUUGGAGCUCUACCGAAACAUAACCAACCAACCCACCUUCGCGAAUGCCAGCUCCUGCGACAACAUGAUCCGGUUCUUCAACACCAGCAUGUCCACCGGCGAGCAUGCCCCUGUCGCAGUGCGUGGGAAAGCCACAGGCCGCGCAUUCCCUUUCAAUGAAACGACACACAAGUGGGCAGAUGUCUACGGGAUUCAGGUGGCGACACCGUUCAUCGAGAACAAUUAUCUCGACUGUCAGACUAUGAAAGGAUACCCCGGAAGUGUCGGGUAA